AUGGGCAGCCUUAUAACUCAAAAACAUUCCGAUGGUACAUUUGAUGUUCGUCCAUUAUUAUUUGCUCAAUUGUACGUUAUAUUUGGUUUCAAUAAUGGAUAUAUGAUUCCAUGUGCUUAUUGUUUAACAACGAAGAAAAAUGAAAUUACAUAUACUAAAAUUUUGAAUCAUUUGAUUGCACUUGGACAAAAAUUUAAUGUUAUUAUGAAUCUACUAGGGGUGGCGCUUUACCGUUUCUUUACAGUCGCAUUGUGUCCGGAAGGUGAUAAAACAAUACAUUUUCGGUUGUUCGUCACUCAUACGGUGAUAUUUGAAAGCGUUGCUUUACUCAGUAAAUUUAUAUGGGAUAAUAUAUGGAAUGUGCAUGAUGCAAUAAUUAAUGAUUUACCAAGGACAAACAGUCAUGUUGAGGGGUACAAUAGUCGUUUGGAAAGUAAUUUUCCAAAACACCCACAUAUUUAUCAUUUUAUUGAAUUGUUACGUGACGAACAUCUAUAUCAACAUCAUAAAGCCGAAGAAUCAGAUAUGCAAAUCAGGAAACGAAAAAAAUUAUACAAUAAUAUUGAUAGUAAGCUAAAAGAGUUUCAUAAAGAACACAUAAAAGAAACAAUAACAAAUGCUGAACUGGCUAUUAAAUGUGGUAGAGCUGUUAAAACAACCCCAAUUAAAACAUGA